UGACACUGAACUUACUUUGGAAAGCCUGUUUGCGUCAUCAACAACUAUAAAUGCUUUUGCCAGGCUGCUUGUUUCWUUAGAGGGACGAGACGAGCACAUGACAACAUCUCACACCCACAGACRGRGAGYWGGAAAGACUCACUUGAGACAAGACAAGGACAACAACAUGGUGUAUGUAACAUUUGAUCAGGAAAACCAGGAGCGGAUCCAUGCUGUUGAAAUUUCAUUUGGACCAUCAGGGAAACGGCUCUCCCAGCCAGGUCGGGUUCUGAUUGGACAGGGCCAGUUGAUGAAGCAGAGCCGUCGGGGGCCCCAGCCUAAAGUCUUCUUCCUUUUCAAUGAUGUGCUUGUGUAUGGCAGCAUCAUCCUGAAGGGCCACUGGAACAAAAAMCAGCAGAUCAUCCUUCUAGAGGACAUUCAGCUGGAAGACUUGGAAGAUGGUGUGAACAUGAAGAACCAAUGGUUGAUCCGUACACCACGCAAGUCAUUCUUCGUGGCAGCUGCCUCAUAUGAGGAGAAGCGAACCUGGAUAGAGCAUAUAGAGGACUGUCRGUUCAGACAGCWGCAGAGUGGGAACCACAGACCUGGUUCUACUUUCGCUGUCYCCUGGAUCCCCGACCAAGCCACUUCCAUCUGCAUGCGCUGUUCCAACAAGUUCACCGUGACCCAACGCAGACACCACUGCAGAAAAUGUGGCUUUGUGGUCUGCGGCUCAUGCUCCAAGAAACGAGCAGUASUUAGACAUAUUCACCCCACUAAGCUGUUGAGGGUCUGCUGCAUUUGUGACUUGAGUCCCCUGAGGACGGAGGCAGAGGCCCAGGGGAUGAGUCGUCUGAGCAUUGGGGAGACAGGCUUGGGUGAAGAUGGGGUGGGAGAGCCCAGUGAAGAAGAGGAGGCAGAGGAGCAAGUGSAAGGCCAUGGCCCAAGCAAGUGGACUGACGCUAUGGACCUUUUUUUGACAUGA